GCGGCUGCACUCUAUGGUUUCCAAAGGGGCUGGCCAACGCCAUGCCAUACGGUUGAGGCGUCAAGCCAAAGGGAUCCGGCCUGCUACCCCAUCUGGCUUUGAGGAUGGUCCCUCCUCAUCUCAGUACCCCUGGGCCAUUGUUUGGGGUCCCACAGUCUCAGUUGAUGAGGGAGGGGAUGCCAGCUCUGCCAACCCAGGCUUUCCACUUCUGGAUUAUGCCUUUGUUUCAUCCAACGGAAUGGCAACAGCACAACCCAAUUCCCACUCACUGUUACACAAUGAAGGGCUCAACCUGCGUCAGACCCCAGCCACACUACCACCCUUCCUCUUUGGACCUCGGGGAGAAGGUGUGGACCCCCAACUUUACGUCACCAUUACAAUUUCUGUCAUUAUCAUCCUUGUUGCCAUGGGAAUAAUACUCAAAUUCUGCUGGGACCGGAAUCAAAAGCGCCGUCGCCAUUCUAGUCAGCAAAGCGAAUUGCAGCAGCAGGAGAGCCAACAGCCUUUAACAGACCUGUCACCCGCCACGGUCAGCAUCCUUGGGCCCUACAGCGAUUCACAGGUUCCUACGCCAGAGAUGGUGGAAAGUGGACAAGUCCUGGAAGGCUUGGAGAAGCUGGAGGGUCUCGGGAAGUCCAGUGCCUUCCAGCUCAACAGGAUCCCACUGGUGAACUUGUGACUGAAUGCACUAGAAGGAAUAAGGCUUGAUGUCCUUGUAAUGAGCUCAAAUGCUGAAUCUUCGAGGGAGUCCCACAGAAGCGGCAGCCCUUUCUUUAGUCCCAUCUUCCUGCAAUGCCACUUCUGGUGCAACAGAAGAGCUAUUGUGGAUCCCUUUGUGUCACGUCCUUCCAUCAUCACUGCGGACCCGACAGAAACAAGGAUGAGGUCAGGCGCAGCCUGCCAGGCUGGGCUUUCAGAAGCCCCAUAGUGCACGGUGAUUAGGGCAGUGUCAUGCCAGCAAAGCCGGGGGGAGGAACAAGUGGAUGAAAGCUACUAGUAUCAUAAUAACUUUAACAUGUCUCCCUUGUAUCUUGACACAAACAGUUGCAUACAGAUAUUUAUUAGUAAGCAUGCUUGAUACCAAGAGGCAGGAUGCUGUGUGUCUUCCCUUCCCU